AUGAAGACGUUUGUUCUUCUUCUAGCUACUCUAGGAGUUGCAGCUGUAUAUAGUGCUCCUCCAGGUUCUUCUGGAGUCGUAGCAGAGAAGGCUGCUCAAAAAUCGGUCUUCAUUCCAUUCGAUUCGGCCAAAGACCUUGGACCAUUGAACGAAAAGAUUAAUUGUCAUUUUUGCUGCUUCAGUAAACUGGUACUUGUUUCAUUGUGUUAUCAGAAUUACGAAUUGAUUUCUUAUAGGAAUUGGAUGCUGAAAACGUUCAUCCUCAAAAAGACAAUGCGUGUGGUAUGUGUUGUGACUGGUGAUAAUUUUGAACAUUGUGUCUCAUAUUAA